UAGUUCCGGAUAUUUAUCCUUGGUAUAUUGUCAGCCAUGCUUUCACGUUCGUUACUACCAAAGUCUUUUUAAGCUGCACGAUUAGCGAAGCAAAAUGACAGAAGUAACAAUUCGCACUCGUAAAUUUAUGACCAAUAGGUUGUUAAAUCGAAAGCAGAUGGUUGUGGAUGUCCUACAUGCAGGACAGCCAUCCGUAAGGAAAACGGAAAUUCGUGAAAAGUUGGCGAAAAUAUACAAAGUAACUCCAGAUGUAGUAUUUGUAUUUGGUUUUCAAACAAAUUUUGGUGGUGGUAAAUCUACUGGUUUUGCUGUUAUAUAUGAUACCCUAGAUUACGCAAAGAAAUUUGAACCCAAAUACAGGUUACAACGACAUGGAUUGUAUGAGAAACAAAAGCAAACAAGAAAACAGAGGAAAGAGAGGAAAAACAGAAUGAAGAAAGUUAGGGGGACAAAGAAAAGUAAAGUAGGGGCAGCAGCCAAAAAGUAAUCCAUCUCACUUUCUACGUCAUGAAGUCUACAAAUUAUAAAAUGAAUUUUAUUGUAAAGAUCUAAGAAUAAAAUACAAAUCUUUGUGAUCAAAAUCAUAAUGUAACUAUCUUAAACCUGAAAUAUCAUUCAUUUUAUGUAUUUAUUAAAAAUUCAGUGAAUAUUU